GCGGGCCUUCGGCGAGGUCGACACUGAACUCGUCCCCUCUCUCGCCAUGGCCGCCGGCCGUGCUCUCCUCUGGUCCCAAACUGGAAUCGCUGCCGUUGCGCCGAUUUCAUCCUCUAUGAGAUUCCGGGCCAAGAGACUCGCUUCUUCAUUCCCUUUCCUCGUCUGCCGGUGCCCCUCGUCCCUCGUAUCGACUUCCGUUCGCUGCUACAGUCGUCCGCAGAGCGAGGUUGUGUCUGGAGAAGUCAAGACUAGCGGAAAGGAGGAAACUUUUGUUCUCACCACUCCUCUUUACUACGUCAACGCGCCGCCUCAUAUGGGAAGCGCCUAUACUACCAUAGCUGCUGAUGCCAUUGCUAGAUUUCAGAGGCUGCUAGGUAAGAGAGUUGUAUUCAUCACAGGGACAGAUGAGCAUGGAGAGAAAAUUGCUGCUGCUGCAGAAGCUAGUGGAAGUAGCCCUAGUGAACACUGUGAUACUAUUUCACAGUCUUACAAGAUUCUAUGGAAAGAGCUUGAUAUUUCAUAUGACAAAUUCAUACGUACUACUGAUCAGAAGCAUGAAGCAAUAGUCAAAGAGUUUUAUUCCAGAGUGCUUAACAAUGGUGACAUAUAUAGAGCUGAUUAUGAAGGGCUUUACUGUGUGAACUGCGAAGAGUACAAGGAUGAGAAAGAAUUGCUUGAGAAUAAUUGUUGCCCAAUGCACCUAAAGCCUUGUGUUCCGAGGAAGGAAGAUAACUACUUCUUUGCAUUAUCAAAAUAUCAGAAGGCACUGGAAGACUAUAUAUCAUCUAACCCUGAUUUUCUGAAGCCUUCUUUCCGUUUGAAUGAGGUGCAAGGUUGGAUUACAAAUGGACUAAAAGAUUUCUCUAUAUCCCGUUCAUCUGUAGAGUGGGGUAUACCUGUGCCAAAUGACAAGACACAAACUAUUUAUGUCUGGUUUGAUGCUCUGUUGGGGUAUAUUUCUGCAUUAUCAGAGGACAGUGAGCAGUCAAACUUACAACAAGCUGUUAAUUCUGGUUGGCCUGCUUCGCUGCACUUGAUAGGAAAGGAUAUAUUGCGGUUCCAUGCGGUCUACUGGCCAGCUAUGCUACUAUCAGCAGGAUUAAGUAUUCCAAACAUGGUAUUUGGUCAUGGAUUCUUAACAAAGGAUGGUAUGAAGAUGGGGAAAUCAUUAGGAAAUACAUUGGAACCGAUGGAUCUAGUGCAAAAAUUUGGAGCAGAUGCUGUUCGAUACUUCUUCCUGCGGGAAGUGGAAUUUGGUAAUGAUGGAGAUUAUUCAGAGGAGCGGUUCGUCAACAUUGUAAAUGCACAUCUUGCAAAUACAAUCGGAAACCUUCUCAACCGUACUCUUGGACUAUUGAAGAAAAAUUGCCAGUCAACUUUGCCUUAUGAUUCUAUUUUUGCUGUAGAAGGGAAUUCAUUUAAGGAUUCUGUGAGCCAAUUGGUGGAGAAGGCAAAGUACCAUUAUGAAAACCUUUCAUUGUCAUCAGCUUGUGAAUCUAUCUUAGAAAUCGGUAAUGUUGGUAAUCUUUACAUGGAUAAAAAUGCUCCGUGGUCUCGUUUUAAGCAAGGAGGUGCUAGUUCUGAAAUGGCCGCAAAGGACCUUGUCAUUAUACUGGAGGCAAUGAGAAUAAUCGCGGCUGCUUUAUCUCCGGUCACUCCAAGCCUGUGUUUUAGAAUAUACAGUCAGCUUGGAUUUUCGAAAGAACAAUUUGAAGCUGUAACUUGGGAUGAUACUCGAUGGGGCGAGCUCAGGGCAGGCCGAGUAAUGGCAGAAGCAAAGCCAGUAUUUGCAAAGAUGGAAAAUAACCAGGACGGAGAUAAAAAGGGUAGUUCAAAAGAAGGUAAAAAUAAGAAGAUUUUGCGACAAGGGCUUGUUGAGGCUUGAGGUGAGAUUCAAUUCAUCAGCUUUUGCUGGUUUUAUUUUUGGCAUUUUUUUUUUUUUUUGCAUUUUUGAUGAUCAAAUUCUACUCUAUUUAAUGUUUUUUAGAUUGUAAGCUAUUUAUGCAAUAAUAUAUUGUAAUGUUAUUCACAAUAUUUUGCAUUUGCUUUCAAGAU